CCCAGGCUCUUCCCUUCCUCUCUCCCUUUCCUCUCCCUUCUCUCUCCGGCUCUGCAAAGUGUCAGCUGCUGGAACUUGUUUGCAAUGCCUAGUUUUCAAUCCCCACCCAGGAUUUCCCAAGUAACACAUUAAAAUCUACAAUCUCCAAUGGUUUUACUCAAUGUAGGAUGGGAGUUAAUCUGAACGGAAGAUAUAUUCUACUGGUCCUUGCUGUGCAGAUAGCAUACCUGCUGCAGGCGGUGAGGGCGACAGGCAAGUGCGAUGCUGUCUUUAAGGGCUUCUCCAACUGUAUGCUCGAUAUGGGCGAUAAAAUGGACACCUAUUCGCAAGGCCAGGACGAAGAGAAAAACCUCAACACCAUUUGCUCAUACUGGAAUGAGUUUCAUGUCUGUGCUGUCACCGUGCUCGCAGAUUGUCAUGAAGGGGCGGCAGACAUGUGGGAGAAACUGAAAAAGGAUUCCAAAAAACUCAACAUUCAAGGCAGCUUGUUCCAAAUGUGUGGUGGAUCUAAUGGAUCGGCCAACCCACGACCAGUUCAUCCAGCCAUCCUGCCUUUGCUCAUGGUGUCUCUAUCUGCUCUACUUAACUGGAUCUUCUUCUAGUAGACCCAAAGCUACAGGAAUCCUUGCUCAGUGUCGCCAUCUGCUGGAUUUCUAGAGGAAAUACCUAUUCGUUGUCCGGGGACGUUGUCUUCUCUAUGACGUUCAAAAAUAACCUCCUAGGAUUGUGGGAAAAUAAAAUCAAUGUUCUUUAAUUUGCGUUUCGUUUGCCAAAUGUUACCAAACAGUGAGCAACAACAGCCAAAACCGGACCUCAGCUUUACAUCUUCACACAGCAAAAUAGAAACCGCGAGCCCUAUAUUUAUUUGCAAAAGAAACUCAGGAAAGGCCCUCGGCCAACCAGUAAUAAUAAUAAUAAUAAUAAUAAAUAAUAAUAAUAAUAACAAUACUAAUAAGAGGCAGAAACGGAAAUGGGCUCAUCGUUGAAUAAACCACAACAUGCCGAAACAAGCCAAGGUACCUGUCACACAUGGAAGAUGUGCUGUAGAUGUUCACUUGUGCAACAUAUGGUCAAAUCACAAUCUAAUGUUCACCACAAACCCCCCUCCCCCCCUCUCCACAGAAUCAUGUUUUCCUCAUAACAAUACAGUGACGUAACUAAGGAAAGAACAGCUCUACCUGCAGCAAUGAUAAGUUGUAUCUAUCAGGAGAAUACUGACACAUUGGUUACCCAUGGAAUGGCUGAAUGCUUACUGAUGGGGCAAUAUGAUGUAUGGACUGCUGAGGAAGUGUAGCUUUACCUGCUGUUGCCAAGAUAUAUUUCAAAGUUCACUGCCUUUAUUUUUUCCUUGAUUUAGGUGUAACACAUAUUAUUAAGUAUCCUACAGUGUAAACCACAAACGGGGGAGUAAAUGUAUAAUCGUGCAAAUAUAGUUAUAAAGUAAAUUUUGACAGAAAAAAAGAGAGCCUUGAUUUUAAAAUAAAUAAAUGUAAUUUAAAACAAAGUUUAUUAUAAAUCCAAAUCAGCAAAAAAUAUUUGCUACAAAGUAUAGUAUGAGAUAUUAAAUAAAAUUAUUGUUUCAAAAAUG